AUGAAUAUAGCGCAAACUAUUCUCGAUAGGUUGGCUAAUGUGUCGCCCAUCAACUCCCUAGAACUAGCUCAGUCAUUAGACGUCGACCAUCAAGUUGUCGUUGGUGGUGUCAAAAGUCUCCAGCAGAUUGAUGGAUUGGUGAAGGCCGAACCAAUUGUUCAAACAAAACUUGCCCUCACUGAUGAGGGAGAGUACGUUCUUAAGCAUGGAAGCCAUGAGUUUGUCGUCUAUUCGGCGAUUCCCGAUGAGGGCAUUCCAAUGCCAGAGUUGAUGAAAAUCUCGAAAUAUGCAAAGCUGGGUGUGAGCAAAGCCCUAGCUUCCAAGUGGAUUUCCGUCACGAAGAAUGACUCUAACGUUCAAAUUGUCAAUAAAUUCAAUAAACCCACCGGUGAUGAUGUACAAUCCUGUCUUGAAAAGCUUGAAGACUGCAGUAUAAGUGAAAGAAAUGAUCUGAAAAAACGCAAGCUUAUUGUGGAAAAGAAAGUCACAAUUUAUAGUGUCGAACGGGGUCCGAAUUUCACGACAAAACGCGUGAAAGAAGAAACUGACUUGACUUCGGAAAUGGUUGCGACAGGUUUGUGGCAAAGUCUGAAUUUUAAAAAGUACAAUUUCAAAGCCCUUGGCGUCUCGCCAGAGGGUGGUCAUUUGCAUCCUCUCCUGCGCGUUCGUUCUGAGUUCCGCCGAAUUCUGAUGGAUAUGGGGUUUUCGGAAAUGCCAACGAACAACUACGUGGAGUCCAGCUUCUGGAACUUUGACAGCCUCUUCCAGCCCCAGCAACACCCGGCUCGAGACGCUCAUGACACCUUUUUCUUGUCUGAUCCCGCGACAACGGACGUGCUGGCGCACUACUCGAAGGAUUACGUGGAGCGAGUGAAACGCAUCCACGAGAAGGGUGGGUGCGGCUCCAAGGGUUACAGUUACGACUGGAAACUGUCGGAGGCUGCCAAAAACCUUCUCCGCACUCACACUACUGCCGUCAGCGCACGCAUGCUUUACAAACUGGCACAGCAGAAGGAGUUUACGCCGCAGCGCUACUUCAGCAUCGAUCGGGUCUUCCGCAACGAGACGCUGGACGCAACGCAUUUAGCCGAGUUUCACCAGGUGGAGGGCGUGUUUGCCGACUACGGGUUGUGUCUGGGUCACCUCAAGGCCGUUAUUCGCGCCUUCUUCUCGCAUCUAGGGCUGCAUCAACUGCGCUUCAAACCAACCUACAACCCUUACACUGAACCCUCCAUGGAGAUCUUUAGUUUUCAUCCCGGUCUGAAGAAAUGGGUGGAAAUCGGCAACUCGGGCAUCUUCCGACCGGAAAUGCUGCGUCCUAUGGGUCUCCCCGAGGGUGUCCGUGUUAUCGCCUGGGGACUCUCCCUUGAACGACCAACAAUGAUCCGCUACGGCUACAAGAACAUCCGAGAUCUCAUAGGUCCCAAAAUCGAUCUGCGCAUGGUCUACGACAGUCCGCUGUGUCGUCUCGACAAGUUCUAG